UAGAGUGAGAGAUAGAGAGAGACGAGAGAAAAGAGGUGAAGUGGGUGUCUCUAUCUCUCACCUUUUGAUUUGUUAUCUGAACACAGUAUCGAGCUUUUCUUCCAUUAAUUUAAUGGAGAUUUUGGCUAGAAGCAGGUGUGGAAGAACUUGGGUUAGAUGCGUUCUGUGUUUCAAGGAAGAAUAGGAAAACGAUGGGCCAAAGCGCGUUACUAUUUGAGCGGGAGAUGAUCCAAAUCUGCUGACAUUUCUUUGAUUUAUAUUUGUUUUUUGUGAUCUCUUUCUUUCAGUCUCCUACUUUAUGGUUGAAUUCAAAGUUCAAAAGCCUGGAAUGGAUUUGAAGUUUCAUCCUCUGCUUUCGUGAUCCUCAUUUCCAUGCUCUAAUUUCGAAGAUCUCACUUUUUUGUUUCUAAUCGCAGGUGUUGAGCGGUUGAGCCCAAUCAAUCAAGGUUUAAUAUCUGAAACACUUGUUCUUGCAUUUCCCUCGAAAAGAUGGGGAAAGCUGGGAGAGAUUGGACACAGAUCUACGCGAUCUACGGCAUGGACGAAUGGCAAACUGUAAUUUUCCUGCUAAUCCAUGCUCUCCUAUUUUCGUUCCUCGCCGUUCUUUUCCUCGUUUACUUCAAUCCACUCUGUUCAGUCGUGGAAUCUAUCUUCCCUGCCCUUCAUGCCGGAGCUUCUCGCUUCAUCGCUGGCUUCACCGGCUCCGUCACCGCAAUCUCGGCCGUCUGUCUCUUAUUUGCCGCAGGGAACAUCUUUUACUCCUCUGUCUCGCUCCACUGGGAGAUGGCACAGCGAAUGAUUAACGUGGUCAGUGACUGGUCAACGGUCAAAACGGCUCUCGACGUCGGAUGCGGCCGUGGAAUCCUCCUCAAUGCAGUGGCGCUACAGCUGAAAAAGGAAGGAAGCUCCGGACGCGUCGUCGGCCUCGAUUGCCGGAAAACAGCGGUGGCGACGUUGCGUACAGCGGGAAUGGAAGGCGUUCAGGAGUACGUGACUUGUAGAGAGGGUGACGCCCGGCGGUUGCCGUUCGCCGAUAAUUACUUCGAUGUGGUGGUAUCGGCUGUGUGCUUGCACACAGUAGGGAAGGAAUUCGGGCAUCGGACGGCGGCGGCUGCGGCUGAAAGGAUGAAGGGUUUGGUUGAAGUUGUUAGGGUUUUGAAGCCCGGUGGUGUUGGAGUGUUAUGGGACCUGGUUCAUGUGCCGGAGUAUGUGCAUAGGUUGCAGGAACUUCGCAUGGAGGACAUACGCGUUUCGGAGCGCGUGACGGCUUUCAUGGUCAGUAGCCAUAUCGUAUCGUUUCGGAAGCCGAGUCAACAUGUAGCUGGAUCGGGGGAGGUCAGGCUUGACUGGAGAUGCACCAGUAUCUGUUAAUUAUACCAAAAACCAAACAAUAAGAAGAAGAAGAAGAUCAUCAAGUAUUCUUAUUAGUAUUUCAUGAAACCCAAAGAAAGGUAUUUAGUAUUUUCUUAUAUAUAUCUGGGGAGACGAAGCCGAACCAGAUACCUCUCUUUUUUUCUUCUUUAAUUAUUAUUUAUUUGGAAGAAAAAGAAGAGAUGAAUAUAGAAUUAUAGAUGGGGAAGCGAUAUUAGAUAUGAUCUUUUUUUUUUUUGGGUAAGGAUAUCAGAUAUGAUCAUGUUGAUCGUAUGAGCUUGUGUUCAUAAAAGAUGGGUUUAAGCUGUAAAGUGAUCAUGAAUUCUGAGAAGAAAUUUCGGAUUGAACAGGAAGUUGUACCGAAA